AUCCCGGUGCAGUCACCCAAUAUAGCCGCAGUAUUACUACGCUCCCAGCGGGGCCUAGUAUUAAUAUUCUUAGUAUACAUCCCUAGGGAUGGCGCUACAUUAGCGGAGCGGGUACAGUUACUACAAGAUACUAUUAGUAAAACUAAAGAGAAAGAGGGACCGGACCUAAAGAUCCUCGUUACAGGGGAUUUUAACCGGCACGACCAGCUAUAG